GGGGCGGUUAGGACUCACAUGGCUUUGUGAUGCCGAUCAGCGUGCGGGAGCGUCUCUCACUCACGCACCCCGCUCCGAACGGGGGACCCUCCGCACCCCCUUUUUCCGUUCUAACGCUAAAGAUUUCUGUCGUUCGCUUCGAUGUAAGGAGCUAAGUCGCAAACCCAUGCCAGCGCCAGCACGACUCCCGUGGAUAUGAUUGAAAUGUAUGGUAACGUUACUGCUAGCUAGUCAAAGCAUCUGGCGUUUGCCCCCCUUCCUCCAUCUCUCCCUCCUCCUCCCUUCUUCUUGGGGGUUUGCAAGCUUACGAAAGACUAAGCAGCGAGCAGCCCCGUUGGUGCACUGUUCUGUUGUGUCUGACUUGACGUGAGAGGUAUGAACACCUUCAGAAUGUGAGUACCCAAGGGAAGGAAAGAGAGGAGAAGGGUUUCGGGGCGCAUGCAUUCAUUAGAAAAAUAGCAGCUGCCUGUUAGCGAGCUAGCCAGCCGCUGCGAAAAGCGAGAUCUUGGAUUUGAAGACGGAGUCUCCCCGACCCCAACCUCACCCCCUGAACCAGGACAUCGGAAUGGUGUGUCGGGACCCCAGUGGGUUCGGAAAUGUGCCAUGUUUGUACGAGCAGUGAGCCUCACAGACAUGCCCGGUAACUUUCCCUUCUCCAUGCAGCUGGCUUUGCGGGCUCGGAGCACUGAUAAUCUGGACAGUUCUGGGGACUCCGCAACCCGUUCGGCGGGGAGCACCUCCAACCCAAGGGGGAAGAUGAGCAAAAGGGUGUCCGUCGGGAGAGGCCACUUCCCCAAGCUUGCAGACUGUGCCCACUUCCACUAUGAAAAUGUUGAUUUUGGAUCUAUUGAGCUGCAGUUGGCCAGUGAGCAGAGUGAAGGCCACUGGAACUCAGGCUCAGCAAAGGACUUGGUAUUCUUGGUGCAAGUGUCCUGCCAGGGUAAGGUGUGGAUGGUUCGUCGGUCAUAUGAGGAGUUUCGUACGCUGGACGCUCACCUGCACCAGUGCAUCUACGACCGGCGAUACUCCCAGCUGCUACCACUGCCAGCACUGAGCGAGAUCGGGGAGCGGCCGGAGGUGUUCCACCCACUGCUGUCUGAGUACCUCAGCCGCCUCUCCAUGAUUGUGGAUAACAAGCUGAACUGUGGGCCCGUGCUCACCUGGAUGGAGAUCGACAACCGUGGGAACCGUUUCCUGCUGAAAGAGGAAGCUUCCCUGAACGUUCCGGCCAUCGCUGCUGCCCACGUCAUCAAGCGCUACACAGCCCAGGCGAGCGACGAGAUCUCCAUCGAGGUGGGAGAUAUCCUGUCUGUGAUUGACAUGCCACCCAAAGAGGACUCCAGUUGGUGGAGAGGGAAACAUGGCUUCCAGGUUGGGUUCUUCCCCAGUGAGUGCGUGGAGCUGAUCAAUGAGAGGGUGGGUGCCUCCACUGCUAAACCAGAUGGAGAUGCGGUGAGCAGUAAAGCCGGAGUGGUCAGCGUAGCUGGACCUCCCUCUCCCACCUCAGUGUCCAAGAAGCAUGGAAAGCUGAUGGGCUUCCUGCGCACCUUCAUGAAGUCCAGGCCCAGCAAGCAGAAGCUGAAACAGAGGGGUAUCCUGAGGGAGAGAGUGUUCGGCUGCGACCUGGGAGAACACCUGCUGAACUCUGGCCAGGAUGUUCCACAGGUCCUGAGGAGCUGUGCAGAGUUCAUUGAGAAGUACGGCAUUGUUGAUGGCAUCUACAGGCACUCGGGGGUGUCGUCCAACAUACAGAAGCUCAGGCAUGAGUUUGACAGUGAGAAUGUUCCGGACCUGACCAAGGAGGUGUACAUGCAGGACAUCCACUGUGUGGGCUCUCUCUGCAAGCUGUACUUCCGCGAGCUGCCCAACCCGCUGCUCACCUACCAGCUGUACGACAAGUUUGCAGAUUGCAUGGGGGAGAUGACUGAGGAGGAGCGCAUGGUGAAGGUGCAUGAUGUCAUCCAGCAGCUGCCCCCUCCCCACUACAGGACGCUGGAGUACCUGAUGAGACACCUGGCCCGUCUAGCGACCUGCAGCGGGGAGACCAACAUGCACAUCAAGAACCUGGCCAUCGUCUGGGCACCGAACCUGCUCAGGUCUAUGGAGAUCGAGGCGGUGGGGCUGAGUGGUGCUGACCCCUUUAAGGAGGUGCGCAUCCAGUCUGUGGUGGUGGAGUUUCUCCUCAGCAAUGUGGAUGUUCUGUUCAGCGACUCCUUCACAUCUGUGGGUCGCUUCAACACAGGCCGCCGCUCGCUGGCCCGGCCCAAGUCCUUUGUUUCCACCAGGCUGCUGUCGCUGGAGGAGGCGCAGGCGCGGACACAGGCGCCGCUCCUGCUGCAGGGGGCGCCGCUCGGCCUGCAGGGCCGCUUCCACACUGUGCUGGACCUGCCUGCGGACAGGAGGAAGCGAGGGCUGAAGGGCCGCAGGUCGGCGGGAGGCAGCUGGAAGACUUUCUUUGCCAUCGGGAAGCCGGCCGGGUCGGGCCGACGCAAACCCAUGCGGAUCAGCUCCCUGUUUCAGCCCGCCACCUCCCACGCCGGUUGUCGGGUGGAUAGUGUUACCCUGCGGUCUGCGAAAAGUGAGGAGUCUCUGACAUCACAGCACAGCGCCGCAGGUGUGGGCAGGCUGCAGAGGCUCCGCCGGCCCCGCUCCAGCAGUGACGGUCUGGCUCUCGCCGCCUCCAUGGAGCCACCGCUACCCCCCCCGCCCCACCCCGGCCUUCCCCCCAGCCGCUCCUACGACAGCCUGCUCCCCGAGGAGGCGCGGGACCCCGAGGGGGAGGACGAGGAGGGGGAUGAGGAGGAGGAAGAGGAGGAGGAAGAGGAGGGCGUGUACAUGUUGCCUGAUUUCUCCCAGGACGCCGCUGCCGCGUGGAUGGCGGAGGACGUCAUCGACUUCAGCCCCACCUUCCUGGAGGACGGGCCAAUAGGGCUGGGUGGAGCAUUGGGGGGCGGGAGGGAGUCCCCGCCGGCGGCCACGCCCCCUCCGUACCGCUGCGUGGGGCACCAGAGCCACGCCCACUCGCGCUCCCACAGCCAGCGCUCCGUCACUGAGGACCCCGACUCCGUCCUCAACCAAUCAGAGGCUGCAGCUCGGCGGAGCCUGAUCCUGGCGGCCACCGCCCCCCCUCUGCAGGCCUUCUGCCAGCACAGACCCCCCGCGGCCCCUCCCAUGCAGGGCGGAGACCCCGGCAGCCCCGCCCAUGGCUCACCGGCCACGCCCCCCGAGCGCUGCUCUUUCACUCGCAAAGUAGUGCACGCCCUCUCCCCCAAAGCACCGAAAUCCCCGCCCCUCGACAUCUCCGACCCCAUCGCCAUCAGUGUGCCUGCCAAGGUGCUGGAGAUGAUUGGCGGGCGAGCCGGCGAAUUGCCUCCCGGGCCUCAGGGGGCGGGACACUCCCACCCUCCCCAGAUGAUCUCCAUGCUGCUGAGGUCAUGUGACUUUCAGCUGACGGACAGCUGCCAGCAGGAGCUCCGCAGCAAGCUCGGGCCCGAGGCCAAGGUCAAAGGUCAAGGUCUGAUUCUGUCCGCUGGCCCCUCCGUCUCCUCCCAGCAGCCCCCCCCACCCCCCCCUAAGAACCCCGCCCGGCUCAUGGCGUUAGCGCUGGCCGAGAGCGCUAACAAGGCACUGCGCCAGGCCGCCUCCCCCCCCUACCGCCCCCCCCAAACCACAGGCCCCCAGGUCACGCCCUUGCAGGCCACACCCUCACAGGCCACGCCCCCAGAGCCCAUAGAAUCGCGCUUUAUGAGGUCACUCUCCAUGGACACAGGUCAGGUGCUGUCCUCUGCCUCCCCCACCGACCCCAACCAGCUGUACUCCACAGUGCGCCCCCUGUCUGUGUGGAUGUCUGAGGGCGAGAAGAACAGCACAGAUGCAGCCGAGGAAGGAGAGAGACAGAGCGGCAGGAACCAGGGACAGCAGGACACGGGUACUCUGUCCUCCGACACCUCAGUCUCUGAGUCAGGGGGGUCGGUGGGGGGGUCGGCGGGCAGCUCCUCUGGCGAAACAGACGCUGCCCCCAGCCCCAUCUACAAGAACCAGGAGCAGCCAGCUGUCCCAGCAUGCCCUGCGGCGGAGACUGAGGCGGUGAAGCCGGACGCGCCCCAUGCAGGGGGGGGUGAGGCCACGCCCCUGAGGAAGCCCCCGGCCUACUCCCGCCAGGUCUCCGCCCCGCAGAGCCGCACCCCUGCCACCCCCCCGCUCCUGCACUCCCGGUCGGAGUCGUCGCCGCUGGCACAGGUGCGAGCCUUCCAGCCAGCACGCCCCAAAGUGCCGCCUAAACCGCUGGAGCUGGCGGCCCACAGGCCCCCGCUGUCCCGCGCCGAUAACCACAUGCGCCGCUCGCUGGACGCCGCCCGAAUUCGCCGCAUCAUCACACAGUCACAGGACUCCGCCCCCAACGCCCCGCUGUCCCGCGCCUUCUCCGAGCGCCUGAGCAGCUCCUCCGCCAUGUCCCACUACCACCCACCCCGCCCCGGGCUCCGCCCCAACCCCCUGCCACAGCCCCCGCCCCCCCAGGCGCAGCCCGCCCCAUUGGACGAACAGGGCAAGAUGGAGAACUUCUACUACGAGAUCACGGCCCCCGAGUACCCGCCCGCGCCGCCUGGCUACGCCCGGCACAGCUACCAGAACCUGCGGCUGGACGCGGAGGGGAACCUGCGGCCGCUGGCCCGGGGCCCGGCGCCGACCCGGCCCGCGCAGCUGUGGUCCUCGGAGGCCACCCGCGCCUGGGCGGCGGCACAUGCACACUCACACUCACACUCCUUCUCGCACGCGCAUUCCCACGCGCCCCCCCGGGAGGUCCCCCUGCAGCGCCGCACCGCGUCGUCCGUGCGCCUGACCCCCAGCACCCCCCCGCCCGGCUCCGCCCCCCUGGCGCUGUCUGUGCACCGGCUCAGCCUACGCGGCCCCCCCCGCGGCCCCCCCCGCUGCCCCUCCGCAGACCUCGCCGCCUCCCAGCUGCAUCCCUACUUCGAGAACGGGAAGGUGUGCUACCGCUACUUUGAGGACCAGCCCCUGAAACUGCGCCCCUCAGGCCUGGCGCCGCACCCCCACAAGCACCCCCCCUUCUCUCCUUCCCCUGCCCCGGCCCAGAAGCCACCCGAGCCCGUCUACGUCAACUUCCCCUUCACCAGCCCCACCCCCGUUAGUGCCAGGACCUGGGCCUCCACCGACCUGGACGGAGACGCCCAGCAGGCGGAGUCUCUGGCUCCGCCCCCGGAGCCGCCCCCGCCGGAGAAGCAAGCGGCCGAGGGGUCCAGAGGGUCCGACUCCGCCGGGUACGACGGCCGGCCCCAGGACAGCCCCGUUACCAAGGCAACGACUGCGGUGGGCGUGGCCCACACACGCAGCCGCUCGGACCCGCAGAGCCAGAGUCUGACAGGGAAGGAGAUCGCCUCCCUGCUGAUGGAGAAGCUGGCAGAGGACGAGGCCGACAGUCCCUGCGCCAUCACCUCCUCCUCCACCUCCUCCUCCCCCCCGCUCGACCACCCCCCCAACCCCUACCCCAGCCACGGCCCAGCCUACAAUGUGUACACGCCCGGGCCGUCUCGCCAGGACCCCCUGCGCAGGUCGUCCUCGGGGGGCCAGUACCGCCAGGCCUUCGACGUCAUGCCGUCCGGCGACCAGGUCCUCAAAUUCUACCGCCUUCAGGGCGACAGCCCCCACUCAAACCCCUACCCCAACCAGUCCCCUUACCCGGACGGCCCCUACCCCGGCCAUAGUCCCGUGGAGCCCCAUCCUGGGUACUCCGCCCUGUCCCCCCCAGGUGCCCCCCAGCCCCCUGUCUCCCAUGUGACCCUGGGGGCAGCACAGGGCUUCGGGGCUCCAGCAGGGGGGUUCCAGUCUGUGGCACCCCAGUAUAACCAGUACCAGUUCCAGCCGGUCCCUGUCAUGGCCCCGUACCCCAGCCCCCCUCACCCGCCCGGCCUGCCCAGCCAGCAGGCCCUGACCCGGCAAGGGAGCCUGCCGGGGCCCAACUGGACCAUCCACAGCAAGGGCCAGACCCGCAGCUACUGCUGAGGCCGGUCCGGCAGCCUGUGACUCAGAGAGGGAGAAUGAAUGAGCCGUGAGAGGCAGGGAGGGAGGAGGGGACACCAAUGCCAAGGCCAGCGUCUUCACCGGGGGCAGUCUGCACCCUGAAACGAUGCUACAUGGGGAAAGACAAAGAACCGAAAAGUGGCUUAGAUUUGAACACAUUCCAGCUCAGAGCAGGAGCAGCAGCUGAACUCUGGCAGGGAUUGUGCUGAAUGGCAUUUUGUCUGUUUUAGGGAUUUUGCUUGUGCUUUUGAUUUAGGGAGUUUUUCUCUUGUGCGAAAUGUUGCGAGACAGAAGAGGUGGAGCUUAGGAAAUAUUUCAUUGUUUUUUAAACCAAGAAAGCUGC